AUGGCGCCUUCAUCAACUGGUAUACAUGUUUCUGUUAUUGUCAAAGCACCUUCAUCCCUUAAAAAACCUAGCUCAACCUUUCUCUCUCCCUCUCCACCUCCUCCCUCUCCUUCACCACCAUCGCCCUCCUUCUCAUUGCCAUUAUCAUGCUCAUCCUCCCUCCUUCGGAGAUCAUCUUAUUGUUCAAAUAAUUAUGUUAGAGGUGUGACAUAUUUGAAUGGUCGUGGUUUCACUGAUACCAAACGAUAUGUUAAUGAUGAUCAGUUUGAUAGACGAAGGAUGGGAAGUUCAAGAAGAAGAUGCUCAACUUCAUCAAACUAUUUCAAUACAAACUUCUUUCCAAAUUCAUUUUCAUCUUAUAGCACCAAUUUAUAUGGUAAUCCUUCAAUUAAUCACCUAAAUCAUCAGCCAAACCAGAUCAAUUACCAACACCAUAACCCUCAACAUCAACCAGUCAAUUCCUCUCAACCAAUCUUUGGUAACACCACUAACCAUUUUGGUCAGUUGGACUCAAAUGAAUCCAAUUUAUUUCCAGUUGCUGGUAAUUCGGGCAUUUUUCAAUUCCUAACCAACGAUUCUAGCAAUAGUAAAAUUAAUCAACAGACACCAAACAAUACAAAUAUCAGUAGCAAUAAUCAAAUUAACCCCAACAGCCACAAUAACUACAAUAGCUUUAAUAACAAUCACAAUGGUAGCACAACGACAAACUUUGGACUCAAACCAAAUGAAUCAACAUUGGACUUUAAACAAACCUCUGUACCACAACAAGCAAAAGCUCACCUGCCUACAGCAUUUCCCUCAUUAUCAUCUUCUUCCUCUUCUUCCUCUUCAUCUUCAGCGUCUUCAACUUGCUCAACUUCAUCGUCAACAUCAUCAUCACAGCAGCAAAAUACGAUUAAAGAAAGCCAAUUAAUAUAUAAACCACCCUUGGGAACAACUCAUCUUCAACAAACGACUCGCAAAGCCAGUCCAGUUGAUCCAGCAACUCGUCGUCGAACAUAUAAAUGUACUUAUGAACAAUGUACAAAAACAUACUACAAAAGUUCGCAUCUCAAAGCUCAUAUCAGAACACAUACAGGUGAAAAGCCAUUCAUUUGUACCUGGGAAGGUUGUGAUCGUCAAUUUUCAAGAUCUGAUGAACUAUCUCGCCAUAAGCGGACUCACACUGGCGAGAAGAAAUUUGUUUGCUCAAUUUGUUCAAGACGAUUUAUGAGAAGUGAUCAUUUAACUAAACAUGUUAAAAGACAUUAUAUUGCUGACAGCAAAAAUAUUUCAAACAAUGCUAAUAGUACUUCAAAUAUUAUUCCAAAUAUAGAUAGAGAUCAUGAUAAUGAUAAUAAAAACUUAUUGAUAAAUUAACUAAAUUUGCCCUCUUCUGAUUGAUUUAAGUAGAGCUUCAACCAUAAUCAUUAUUUGGUUUGACUUGUAGCUCGCUCAUAUUUUUCAUUUUAUUUUACUAAUAAAUGCCUAAAAAGAUUCA